GAGAGAAUUUAAACAAUUCGCUAUUACUAAAGUUGUUUACAAGUUAUGUAGUUGAUGCUGAUCUAGGAUCGUAAUUCGUUUUAUAGCUAACUACAGCGUACACAGAAUUUGUAUAAGAUUGAACAAUGAAUUAAAAAAAAUAUGUACAACAUGUUCAAGUUAAGACGUAAAGAAGGAAAUUACAAUGAUAAUAUAAAAGAAAAACUAUAAAAUCAUCUAUAUAUCUGAAUUAAUGACAAAGCUGUACUUAAAUUACAAUGAAAAUAUUGAAUCUUUAUAGAUAUCCUAAUAUAUAUAAAAAUCGAAUACAGUAAGUGCAAUAUAUGUGAAAUAUGAGACCUUAAGGUGCAUCUUUGGACGCAGAUCUAUCCAAAUGUUCAAUGACUCUCAGCUGAGAGCAUCCGGGGUAUUAACAAGUAGAUCUGAGACAGCCGCUGAUCUUCAAACGACCUUUAUUUUGAAACGCUCGUUGACGCUCCGAAGGGCUGGGUCGCUACUUCCGCUUCCUUUCGGCCAUAACGGAAUUAUCCAAGGGCCGAAAAAGAAAGAAAAGUUGCUUUGUAAAUAGUUGCAGCCAUAUUUUUACUGACUUUUUUUGUACCCGUCUCACGCCGCCAAGUACCCCGCGUCACAGAGGGAUUUUUUAAACGGAUUUAACAAGCGUUUUCCGAGCCGUCGCGGAUCGCUUCGGGAGUAAAGUUGUCUUGAAGUUGAGCUGGUGCGGACUCUCCGGUUCCUUACUCUCUUCGGCCGUCGCUCUGGGAUCGUCGUCCCGCGAGCACGAUCCAAGCCUCAUGCUGUCGUGAGCUCAAACCUAUAAGUGAUGUGUGACAACGGAGACCCCGAGGACAAACCCCCCGCCCCCCCGGUGAGGAUGAGCAGCACCAUCUUCAGCACGAGCGGCAAAGACUCCCUCUCGGCCAACCACAGCUCCAAGCCGCUGCCCUCCGUGCCCGAGGAGAGGAAGCCCCGCAAGAAGAUCAUCUCCAUCUUCUCCGGGGCGGAAAAAGGGGGGAGAAAGAAAGAUCGAGACAAAGAGCGACCAGAGAUCUCACCGCCUUCAGACUUUGAGCACACCAUACAUGUUGGCUUCGAUGCCGUCACGGGGGAGUUCACUGGGACCCAGCUCCAAGCGCGGCCACUCGCCAACGCAAACAUGCCCAAAUUCGAGCCGAAGAAAAAGCCGCAGGCCGUCCUCGACGUGCUGAAGUUCUACGACUCCACCGGCAACGGCCGCCAGAAGUACCUCAGCUUCUCUUCUUCUGAAAAAGACGCCUUCUCUCCAGGACCUCAGUCUCCCGUCAAAAAGGGCAGCGAGCUGUCUUCUCCGAACAUCAAAGACAUCGACGAUGACGACGACGAUGAAGAAGCUCCGCCUCCAAUCGUGGCGCCGAGGCCGGAGCACACGAAGAGCGUGUACACUCGCUCCGUCAUCGAGCCCCUCCCCGCGCCGAGCGCGUGUCCGGACGGAGACUCCGCCUCCAAGGCCGCCGACCGGCAGAAGAAGAAGGGCAAGAUGACGGACGAGGAGAUCAUGGACAGACUGAGAACGAUCGUCAGCAUCGGAGACCCCAAGAAGAAGUACACCAGAUACGAAAAGAUCGGUCAGGGGGCGUCGGGAACCGUCUUCACGGCCAUCGACGUGGCCACGGGACAAGAGGUGGCCAUUAAACAGAUCAACCUGCAGAAGCAGCCCAAGAAGGAGCUGAUCAUCAACGAGAUUCUGGUGAUGAAGGAGCUGAAGAACCCGAACAUCGUCAACUUCUUGGACAGUUUCCUGAUGGGGGAGGAGCUGUUCGUGGUCAUGGAGUAUCUGGCUGGAGGGUCGCUGACUGACGUGGUGACAGAGACCUGCAUGGACGAGGCUCAGAUAGCAGCUGUCUGCAGAGAGUGUUUACAAGCUCUGGAGUUCCUGCACGCCAACCAGGUCAUCCACAGAGACAUCAAAAGUGACAACGUCUUGCUGGGGAUGGACGGCUCCGUCAAGCUGACCGACUUCGGCUUCUGCGCUCAGAUCACCCCGGAGCAGAGCAAGCGCAGCACCAUGGUGGGGACGCCGUACUGGAUGGCCCCCGAGGUGGUGACCCGGAAGGCCUACGGGCCCAAGGUGGACAUCUGGUCCCUGGGCAUCAUGGCCAUCGAGAUGGUGGAGGGAGAACCUCCGUACCUGAACGAGAACCCGCUGAGGGCUUUGUACCUGAUCGCCACCAACGGCACCCCAGAGCUCCAGAACCCGGAGAAGCUGUCUCCGGUCUUCAGAGACUUCCUCACGCGCUGCCUGGAGAUGGAUGUGGAGAAGAGAGGCGGCGGCAAAGAGCUGCUGCAGCAUCCGUUCCUGAAGCUGGCGAAGCCGCUCUCCAGCCUCACGCCUCUCAUCCUGGCGGCCAAGGAGGCCAUGAAGGGCAACCGUUAGCGGAGGGGGCUGACCCCCCCCCCCCCCGAUCACACGGCCCUCCCAGCCUCGUUGCUGUGCGCCGGAAAUGUGGCGACCAUUUCAGAUUCCUCUUGCGCGAAGAAAAAGGCCGCGAGUGACUCGACGCGGCGGCCUGAAAAGAAACGCCCUGACGAACCUCACUGUGAAGAAGACCGCAGACACACACAGACACACACACACAAACAGACACACACACACACACCGCUGUCCACUCAGACGUCAGAUGACAAGUCAGACUAAAGUUUUUAGUUUCUAGUUAUCUUGGAUUGUUAGAGCGCCGCUCGUAUUUAACUCGGAAUGAAGAAGACUUCUAGUUCUAUUUUUAGUUGUUUUUUUAAUCAACUGCCUUAAACAAAUGUUGUCUAAUGUAUUGGUUGAUUGUGUCGAUGUUUCUCUCCCCAUGAUUUUUACUACCUUUUGUAAUUUACCUUUCCAGCUCGUGGGGCGUCUUAGUUGUUUUGAUACUUGAAUCUCACAUUCGUCUCCGAUGAACUCUUUGCUAUUUCCACAUCGUGUUUUUUUCUCCGGGUUUUUUUUUAUAGGAAAUGUUUCAGUUAGUUUGUCAUCAUGAAGGUGUGUCGCUCUCCGACCUACUGUACCUGCCCCCCCAUCGUUAGUCUCCUGAUACCAGAGGUGCACCUUAAAGGCCAAUUGUAAUUGAUAGAUUGACAGGGUUUAUACUUUCUUCUCUAUUAUCAAAAAGUAUUUGUAUGUUGAACUCUGUCCGUUUGUGUUCUUCUAGAUUUCUAUAUUGUGUACUUAAUGUUUAGUUUUAUUUUCUUUUUAAAGUGACCAUAUCGUAGCAGUUCGCUGUUGAAAGGAUGAUGAAGACAAUUUGUUUCUUCUUUUUCUUCUGGACUAACAAACUUGUCUUCACACUCAAAUAAACUGUUUGUGCCUUUGUGGUAUUCUAA